ACUGGCGCAAAGGCUGUCGACAAUUGCGAUGCCAUUCCCUCUCAGGAUGUGUUCAUUUAUAUGAAACAAAAACAGAUUUUGUCCGCAAAGGAUAUCAAUGAGAAACAACGAUAUUUGUCUGAAUUGAGUGAUGUGUUAAAAGGCCGACAAUAUGUGGACAAACAUUUAUACGCGUUCCACAAAUUGGGUGUAUUUGUAAACAUCUGUGAAUCGUUGGCACAAACGAGUGAUGCGGACAUUGCUGUCAACCAAUUGAUCGCAAAUCAUAAAUACUGUACAAAUAAUCUACUUUCAUCGGGAGGGCUGGCGCCGGGAACGGGCAGCUUAUAUGAGAACAUGGUAUUCGUACCUUUUAUGAUGGGACAGGGAGUGCCUUUGCAACCAUCUCUGUCAAAGCCGGGGAUCAGUGUAGAUAAGUCCAGAUCCAAACCACCCACAACGGCGUACAGAUACCAUUUGGCCCAAGCGCUGUCGGCGUCUAUUAAAGCACGAUGA